AGGCGGGGCGAGCCGCGCCACGGCCCCUAUGGGAGCGGCCUCCGCCCCUUUCCGCCCCGCCGAGGAACUACGGCUCCCAGCGUGCCCUGCGCGGUCCCCAUGGCGACGGGGAGCCGGGCCCGGUCCCGGGCCCCGAGCAGCGAUGCCCAAGACCAGUGAUACUUUGUGGGAUCUUGCAAUAGCUGAAGUGGAGAAGAGAGAAAACCCCGGCGAAGAUGGCAAGAGUGUGGAAGUUUGGGAAAAAUCAAUACUAUUUAUGGGAAACAAAAAUGGGGGAAAGACCAGUAUUAUACUGAGGUGUCUUGAGAGGGAAGAGAUUCCAAAGCCAACAUUAGCCUUGGAAUAUACUUUUGGAAGACGAGCAAGGAGACAAAAUACAGCUAAAGAUAUAGCUCAUUUUUGGGAACUGGGUGGUGGAACCUCAUUACUGGAACUGAUUCGAAUACCAAUUACCAGCAACAACAUAAGGUCAUUUGCUGUGGUUCUCGUACUGGAUUUGUCCAAACCGAAUGAACUCUGGACUACUAUGGAGAAACUUCUUCAGGUCACCAGGAACCAUGUGAACAAAAUUUUAACCAAACUAGAAAAGACAAAUCCUGAAGUAGCUACUGAAAUUAAACAGAGGAUGCGGAACAAUCUGCAGAAGGAUCAUCCAGAUUAUGAGUUAAUUGACCCUUUUCCAAUACCCUUGGUGAUAAUUGGAAGCAAAUAUGAUAUUUUUCAUGAUUUUGACUCUGAAAUGAGAAAAAUAAUAAGCAAGACACUUCGAUUUGUUUCACAUUAUUACGGAGCAUCAUUAGUGUUUACCAGCAAAUCUGAGGCUCUCCUGCUGAAAGCCCGUGUUCUUAUUAAUCACUUGGCAUUUGGCUAUGACAAAAGCAAGUCUGUAUCACUGGAUCACAGCAAACCUCUCUUUAUACCAGCAGGCCUGGAUUCGCUGAGCCAGAUAGGACCACCACCCGCCUCUGACAGUGAUAUUGGAAAGAUGCGUGCAAACACACCAUUGGAACUGUGGAAAAAAGUAUUUGAGAAAACAUUUCCUCCUGAGAGUUCCUGUGAUUUACAAGAUACCAAGGACCCUGCACAGGAUUCACAAUACGCUGAGUAUGAAGUUGAUGUCAUGAGAGCUCAGAAAAAACAGGAACUUGAACAAUACAAAAGAAGUGCCUCCAAAUCCUGGAAAGAAAUGGAUUUUGAUUCUGAUGAGCUGCUAUAGGUGUCUUCAGUUUAACUUUUACAAACCUACUUUAAUCAUUUUAACAUUACACUAACGAUUUAAUCUGAUGCAGGUGAAAAUAUGGAAUAUCAAACUAUGAAAUCAGUAUUUAUUAAGUGUUCCUGUCAUUAUUUUUAAUAAAAAGAGCUGUUAAUUCUGUCCAAAUUUAAAUAUAUCUUGGUAGUGACACAGUUUUAAAAAGCAGGGAGAAAGGAAUUCUAGAUUGUUCAGGGAUGGGUUUGAAUAUGAAAACUGACAGUUCUACCUAUUUUAUAACACAGUAUUUGGUUUAUUUUUGAAUGCUGCUGCCCUCAAUAUGUGUUUCAAUAUAAACAAGUUUUCACACGCAGAAUAUGAAGUUGCAUAGUAAAGUGUUUGGCAUCUUGUCCUAGUUCUUUGCAUAUAUAGUUGAAAAGCAAACCUUAAGGAUAGAUUUGCAUCAUUGUUUGAUGUGUUUGCAUAGGAUAGGUCCACAAAACCUGGCAGCAUCAACUGGAAUUAGAACAAUGUUUGCCCUGCAUUCGGAAGUUUGAUUUAGCUCUGUUUCAGUAUCAUAUAGUUAAAUAGAGGAAUUAUUUAUUGCAAUUGCAAAAAAAUUCAAAUGGUAGGAAGUCGGUCUAAUGAAUUUCAUCAGUUACUGGUGGAGGUCUAAGUUAUAUAGGUUACUGGUGGAAGUAUAAUGGAUUCACAUGCAGGCUAAGCUGGUGAAACGCUGCCUAAACUAGAAGUGGGUUUUUGUCCAUGGGCAUCCUCAUGAGUUUGAGAUUGCCUGAGUGUUUUGACAAUGUACAGGACAAGAUCUAGAUUAAAAUCAGAGGUAUCUCUUGAGAGCUAAGACUUGUUGUCAGAGAAUAAAUGUCACAACAGUCACUUGGCAGACAAGAUCGUAAGAACAUCCCCUGAUGGGACAGACAAACUAAUGUGGUAUCCUUCCAGCUCUUUAAAGAUAUUUGUUAUUUUUAACAUAUUUAUUAAUCAAAUGUUUUUCUGAUAUAACAUUUGUAUCCUAGAAUAUUACACAUAAAGAUAUGAGAAAAAAAGAUCUUAGCCUCACAGUUAAGUGGAAGAACUUGCAUUAACUUGAGGAUUUUGAGUUCUUCAUUAUGAAGUGCAUGAUCUCAAAGCUAUCAAAUUAAAGUAAUUAGAUUAUUCUGGAAUUCUAAGCUACAAAUAUACUUAACUCCUUGAAGACAUCUCUAGCUGUCCCUCUGUAAUAAAUACUUUCUUCACUGAACGUGCAAAGUAGGUUAUUUAAGAAUUCUGUGUCUGUUAAGCUUUCAGUUUUGAGAGGUACUUAUAUUGAUUGAAUAAAUAAAUUAGACUCCUUGGGAUGUUAGUGAGCCCAUGAGAAUAAUUUCCAAAGAUGCAAACUACAUCAGUUCCAAGAACUGGCAAACAACUUUUAUAUUUUUUUUAACUAGCUAAAUUGAUGUUUUAUUAACAAAGAAAAAUAUGAAAUUUGCGAACUGCUUCCAAAACAAGAUUGAGAACUUGAUAAUGAAGAGGAGGAACGUAACAGUCUUCUCUAAUUUACCAUCAUUUUCAGGACAAAAACAUGUUAGGUAACUUUUAUAUUGCUUAAAGUUCCUGUACUCAGUGAUUGUAAAGUACGCAUAAGAUUAAAGUGGGGUGAUUUCUUGA